CUCUCUCUCUUUUAACCCUCAACCUCUUUUUAAAUAGCUAGUUGUGCACCCACGCUUGGCAGCCACCAAGAGAGAAAAGAAACUUUGAGUCUCAACUCAAACUCUAAUCAGUCUCCAACGUUUUAACAUUCCUUGUGAACUCUCUCCAAUGGAAGAUUAUUACUACAAGAGAAGUCAUGUACCAGCUUUUGGUAGCUGGGACUGGAACAACGAUCUCCCUUUCACUCAAUGCUUUGAAUCUGCAAGAGAAGCUGGCUUGCUUCGUUACAGUUACUCUGAAGAUCGUGAUUUGUACGUUGCUGGUGAUUUAUAUCAAAACGAUGUUGUCACUCCUGCCAUGAUUGUUGUUCCUCGCAGAAGGACAAAAGUUCGUGACUCACAUGCCAAAGAUGAGAAAAAGCAAAAUUGGACGGUGAGCGAUGUGAUUGAGCCACCAAGUCCAACGCCUAUGGCUAACGUCACACCCAAACCAGUUGAUGAAGACUUGUACAAAAUCUCACCAGAACUUCUUUACGCUAAAACCAAGAAGAAGGGAGUGCUAGGCUUCUUCUCAAGCUGCUUGCUGCCAACUUGUGUUUUGUGAAGAGAGUUUGUAGGGCUACAGAGAAGGGAUUUCAAUUGCUGUUAAUUAUUGUCCUAAUUUGUAAAGGGCAUAUGUAUUAUAUAAAUAUAACAAAUAUAUGUGAUUAUGAGUAAA